GAGCUCGUUACCCAUAUCAGGCGCUUGCUUCCCAUUUACUCAUGUGCCGCCGCCUCUUCCCAUAGAGAGAAUAGGAAGAGGAAGAGACAAAGAAACGCAUGCUCGAGAGAGGCGACGAGACGAGAAUUUGUAUCAAAGAAAGAAAGUGAAGACGAAAGAGAAAGAAGAUAUAUCUUGGAUAGCUCGAGUGUCCGGGCAGGCAGCGGCAUAUCGAUCCCAUGUCGCCGGAGAAUGUGGUGGUGGUGGCGGUGAGGGCGGAGCGGGAGAUCUCCAAGACGGCUCUGGAAUGGGCCCUCACCCACGUCGUCCGCCCCGGAGAUCUCGUCACGCUCCUUGCUGUCCUGUCCGACCACGGGCCCCGGGGUGGUAAGUAAUAAUUAAGGCGGUUCGAUCCCUUUUCCGUUCCUCCAUCCCUCCCUCGCCGAUGAUACUAGAUAGCCACUCCAUUUUCGGCCUCUCUGACUCGGCUCCGUUCUUCUUUCCUUGGAGGCUGGCGGCGGAGGCUAUUACCAUGGGGCUUCCCCAGGUUCGGCGGCGGCGGGGGCAGUGGGAGCCGUCGCCACCGCGAGAGGUGCCAGAUCUCCGCCGCCUGCUCCCAGAUGGCGCUGCAGAUCGACGGCCGGAACGAGGUACCCAUCCAUCCAUGCAUAUAUCCAUCUGAUCGGUUUGCCCUUUUUCCAAUCAUAAUUCAUUAACAACGACGACGACUGAAUUGCCGCCGCGAUAAAACAUGACAGCUCCUCUGCUCUUCUGGAAGUGGGAAGGGUGUAUUAUUGAAUAUCUCUGUAGAAAAGUUCUGAACUUUUGGAAACGUUUCACUCCGUGACCGUCAUCAGGCUUUCCUGUAUUUCUUUUUUUUCUUCUCCUUUUAACAUAAAUAUUUUUUAUUACUUCUGAUGUCUCUUUUUGGUCUCUUUAUGUGAUGAUGGGAGCGAUGGUCGUGGCGGCGUUGAUGAUGGCAGAUAGCUGUGAGGAUAAAGGUCGUAGGCUCGGAGUCGAGCAGUGGCGCGGCUUCCAGCAGCGCCGGCGAGGGCGUGGUGGCCACGGAAUCAAAGAGUGUUGGUGCCAACUGGAUCGUGCUUGACAAACUGCUGAAGCAGGAGAUCAGGCACUGCAUGGAGGAGCUGCAAUGCAACGUUGUGGUGAUGAGAGGCUCAUGCGCCAAUGUGCUGCGGCUCAAUCUGGGGGGAGCUUAUGAACCAGUCCCUCCCUUCUCUUCCUCGUGUUCUCCAAACUGCAGUGAAAAGUUUCUGAGCAACGGGGUCGGGCAACUGAAACCAAUCUCCAUAUGUGAUGAUGUAAAAGCUUCAGUUUAUAAAGAAAUUACAGAAGCAGGAUCAAGUACUGGAAUAGGGAGAGCUUCUUCCAUCUUUGUUGAUGAAGAAAACCCUCCUUUUGAAGGGAUUUAUAAUCGAAAAUUAGAAGAUGAUGCAGGUACAUCCGAUUCAGAGAGCAGCGGAGUGGCAAGCCCUCCAUCGUUUCCUCUUGGACUGGACCUCAUCCAAGACGAAGCUCGAAGAGAGUCCUCUUCUGGAUUCCAUCCACAACCACGUUCGUAUCCAGCAGCAGCAUUCUCUGUGACCGCACAUAACCGUGGGGUCUAUUGGAUUCCUCAGAAUCACAUUGCAGAGGAAAACGCAUUUAUUCAGAGGUGCAAGACCGACAACACCAGACCUCCUCCUCCCUCUGCUAAAACCUUGCAAGAAAUGUUUGCCGAGUCAAAUCGAGGCUAUGCUAUCGGAAAGGCCGGACUUCACCCGGAGCUCGCAGAGGACCAUACUUAUGGCUCCGACGUGAGGGAGGCAGUCUCCCUGAUUGGAAGCUCCCCAUCCAUACCUCCUCCUCUAUGUUCGCUGUGCCGGCACAAGGCUCCAGUCUUCGGAAAGCCUCCAAGACGGUUCGCGUACCGGGAACUCGAGAUGGCCACCGAUGGAUUCUCGAAUGAGAAUUUCGUGGCAGAUGGUGCGAUCGGAUGCGUCCACAGAGGGGUUCUGGAAGAUGGGCGAGUGGUGGCAGUGAAGCGGCUUAAGCCGGCCGGCAGCGAUGUCAGAGGGGAGGAUGAGUUCUGCGAGGAGGUUGAGGUGCUGAGCCGGGCACAGCAUAGGAAUGUGGUGAUGCUGGUUGGGUUCUGCGUAGAAGGGAAGAGGAGGUUGCUGGUGUAUGAGUACAUCUGCAAUGGCUCUUUGGACCGCCAUCUAUAUGGGAGAAAAAAAGCACCACUUGAUUGGCACGCAAGGAUUAAGAUCGCAGUGGGGGUGGCGAGAGGAUUACGGUACCUCCAUGAGGAUUGCAGGGUAGGGUUUGUGGUCCACAAGGACAUGCGCCCCAACAACAUCCUCCUCACCCAUGAUUACGAGCCAUUGGUCGGGGACUUCAGCCUCUCAAGGUGGCAAACAGAGUCAUGUCCCCCUGCCGAUGCUAAUGUGGCCGAAACUUUCGGGUAUCUGGCACCGGAAUACAUCGAGCACGGAGUCGUAACCGAGAAGGCGGAUGUGUAUGCGUAUGGUGUGGUCCUACUAGAGAUGAUCACAGGCCGAAGAGCCUUGGACGCAAGGCAGCCCAAGGGCCAGCAAUUCCUGGUAGAAUGGGCUCGACCUCUCCUGUCGCUGGCAUCGGAUGAGGGCCGAACGAUCGCUGUGGACCGCUUCCUGGAUCCUCGUCCUGACUGGGAUCAAGCUCGAUUCUUCUCGCGGCAGCUGCGCUCCAUGGCUCGUGCUGCGUCGAUGUGCCUCCGCCGCGAUCCGCAAGCCAGACCUGGCAUGUCCAAGGUCCUGAGAAUUUUGGAAGGAGACGCCGUCGUCGAUCAUGUAUUUGACAUCCACUCGGUGGGCACCCGAAGCGGCCGCAUGAGCUGUCCAAUCCUGCAUCAAGACAGCGCAAUGGGAGGGAGCGUCUCUCAGAGAUUUGCCCGUGAACGUGUCAUACAUUCCCUUCAUGAUCAGAGAAGCUGGCCUCGUUUCCGCUGAAUUGCGGAUGCUCCACCCACCCCCUCUUGUGGAUGCCAUCCCGUACUCCCAAGACGUUGAUUAUUUUUUUUUUAAUUAGUAGCUGAUGAUGGUAUAAUAGGUCAGCCAACGUGGGUGUUAGACUUAUUAGAAUACAAAAUCUAUUUAACGUGGAAAGAGGUUUCUUCA